CUUUAUCUGCAGCGAAGUGCUAAUCGGGCUGUAAGGAAAGUAAAACUGCCUGAGACUGUUUAGCGAGCUAUGGCCAUUUGCUCUUAGGAGGGUUCAGCGAUGGGGCAGCCAAGAGAGCCCCCAGCUUGCGACUUGAUACAACUUAAAGAGGAAGUUGAGCUAGUCUUGGCUUGUCAUACCUGCUGCCAAAAGAAGUACCAUAUUACCUAUACGUGGACACCUUCUACACACACGUGUGCUGCCAAGAUAUUUCUUGGUAGGCUUAAGAAAGACAGGACUGGUAAGGAAUGGCAUGAAGUAAGACAACGUCCAGUUUUCCCUGUUCCUGCUCGAUAUGAAGUGUGCUGGCAUUAUCAGCACCAAAUGGGGUGCACAAAGCACCAGCAACAUUGCACCUUUGCCUGGAGCCAUGAGGAGAGAAUAGUUUGGUCAUUUGAGAAAAGACAUAACCUGCAACAAAAUAAGCUGAUAUCCCUUCUUUUUCCAAAUCAUUCCAAACCUAUUGCUCCCCAAUUACCUAUCAGCUGGGAAAGUAUCUUAGAAGAAUUUGGAGGACAAUUUCAAGAGGUAUGUGAACAAUGCUUUUAUCUCAGCCCACCCAAGAUCACAGGUGUUUGCCAAUCUCAUCCUAGGUUCAUGCCCCUUCUUGUACACAUUGUGAUUAAUGGUACCCAAAAGCAAUGCAAUGCUAUCCGGCCACUAUCUGGUACCCAAAACAUCCUUCUCUGCAACCAACCUUCCCGUGGAAUACUUUGCCGUGGAAGUGGUAGGCACUGUCCAAAUGCACACAGUGAGGUUGAGCUUGCGGUGUGGAAGGCAGAGAAAGAUUCUGUACUGAGCCGAGGAAACAUUCCAGUGAAUAGGAAUCUAAACAUGGGAUUCUACUGUCGUCUUUGUCUGGUCACUGCCAGCUCUCAAGAGAGCUUUGAGGUGCACUGCUCAUCACUGGAACACAGGCGCAUGAUGACAGAUGACUCAUUGACUGUAUGGAAUCACCGCGCACCUCAGCUAAAUGUAAACUGCUUUUCUGUCUGUGAGAGUCCCUUGCAGUGUGUACAUGGGACCGGUUGUCCAAAAGCUCACAGCCAGGAAGAACUGCAGGAAUGGAUCUUGAGAGCAAAGGUCAGCAAAUGGAACAAGCAGGUGAUGGAGGAGGAGGGUCUCCAGUCUUACCAAGAGCGUCUGGUACAGGAAUUCCAGCUCUGCAGUGGUGAUAUUACUGUGUUUUCAGAUGCACUUGAAGGAGUAGAAGUUGAAUGUGACUAUCCAUUGAGAGUUCACUCCAAAGAGAAAAAUGUGAAGAAAACCUGGAAUUUUACAGUUAAAACAAAGAUGCCUUUAUCACGUGUGGCUUUACUGAAAUCAGAACCUGGUGCUACCUUUUCCCUGCUGGCACCUCAUCUGACGUUACCCUGCAGUUAUGCUGAAGGCAGCAAGUUUAAAAUCAAGUCUUCAUUUCAUUUUAAAGUUGGAGUACAAGUGAUAGGUUCUGUCUUUGGGGUGUUUGAACAGUGGCUAAUUUUGGAUUUUGGAAUUCGUCCAGUCCUGGUGCAGAAGAUCUUCCUUCAGGUUGGUGGCCCAGAUAAUGUUGCUUCACCACAGAAUGAGCCUUCAGAAGGAGAGAGCUCACAGAUUCCUUCCACUGACCAUUGGUAUAGUGGCAAGUACCUGAUCAUACCAUGUGUAAUCAAAACAGAGGAGGAGGAGCAUUUGAUGUCAUUAUACAAACCCCCCACCCCAAAACAGCAGCAUUUAUCAGCAUUCAAGUGUCAUCUCACUGUGCAAAACUACCGUCAACAGAUGCACAUGGCUCUUCUACAAGAGGAAGCUGCCAGAGAAAAUGUGAUAUCCAGGUUGAAUAUGAAUGUUUCUGUGACCCUGUGUACAAAAGUAAUCUAUUCACAGGAGAUGAAGUUUUCACCUCCAGGGGAAUUACUUGCUGAAGUUCCUCUUCCAAGUGGGGUAACGCCAGACACAGAAGAAGGCUAUUUACUUUACCGGUCAGUUAGAACAGCUCUUCUGGCACUCUACCCAAUGCAAGGUGACAAAGUUUACCAGGUGCAUGUAGAUGCUAGUAUUGGCCCAGAAAGCAGUAUACUGCUCCAGUUACCAGAACGGUGCUGUCAGGAGAUGCUGCUGAAGCCAGAUACGUCCUAUCAGCUGCAAAUCAAGUUUCAGUUGGAUAGACUGCAGUUUUGCAAAUACCAUGAGGCUGUAGACCGGCUUUUAGAUGAGAAUCUGGUGCUUCCAGACUUGCCAAAAUGUCAUCCACCUAAAAACCAGAAACCACCGUCAUGGGGUAAUGAAAAGCAGAAACUGGCAUCGGCCUAUAUCACAGGUCCAGUGGAAGCACAGGUGCCCCCUCUUCUCAUCUAUGGUCCGUUUGGAACUGGAAAAACAUAUACGAUGGCAAAAGCAACUCUUGAAGUGAUUAAGCAGCCGGGCACAAGAGUGUUGAUUUGCACCCACAACAACAGUGCUGCAGAUUUAUAUAUUCGAGAAUAUUUCCAUACCUAUGUGAUGUUUGGUCAUCCAGAAGCAAUUCCCCUGAGGGUAAAAUACAGUUAUAGUCCUCUAAACAGAACUGACGCAGUCACUUUGCAGUACUGCUAUCUAAAUGAAGACUGCAGCUCCUUCUUAAUACCUACAAGAAAAAUCCUGGACCAGCAUCGUAUCAUUGUGACUACUGCAGAGACAGCACGAGACCUAGAUGUACCAAGAGGCUUCUUCAGUCAUAUCCUGUUGGACGAAGCAGCUCAGAUGCUGGAAAGUGAGGCUCUGAUUCCCUUGGCUUUAGCAAACCAUUGUACACGUAUCAUUGUGGCUGGAGACCACAUGCAGGAGACUGCCAAGUUGUUUUGUGGAGAAGCUAGCACAGCAGGAGAGAAGCACACUUUACUCACCCGCCUUUUUUCUAAUUACCAAAGUAAAGACUGCCCAGCUGCUAAAAGUGGGCGCAUCAUCUUUAAUCAAAACUACCGCUCAGCUCCUGCCAUCAUCUCCUUUGUGUCCCGCUGUUUCUAUGUUGGACGUGGGGAUGCUAUAGAAGCUUGUGCAGGGGCUACAGCAGCUCCUCCACCUAAUCAACAUACACUAGGGCUCUGCCACGUACAUGGACCUUCCACCCGUGAUGGAAGCUCGUGGGUAAAUCAUCCUGAGGCGUUGCAAGUGUUAGAGGUGGUUAAAGAAGUUAUUCACCAAUGGCCGGAGAAAUGGGGAGCUUUGAAACACAGCAGCAUCUGUGUUGUGUCCCAUGGAAGUCAGGUGAAGUUGAUACGCCAGGAAUUGCGCAGUAAAAAAUUGUCUGCUGUCACAGUGACAAAUUAUGAAAACAUCUUAGGUGGUCAGUUUCGUGUAGUGGUUGUGAGCACUGUUAGGUCCAUUGACAGUCUUCCUCCGAUCCCUCCAACCUCUUCUUCAUUCAGUCUUGAUAUUUUCUGUGAUCCACGUGUGCUGAAUACUGUGUUGACUCGUGCCCGGUCCCAGGUUGUUGUGGUAGGGGAUAUGGUGGCAUUAUGCUCAUUUGGAGGAUGUAGCCGCAUCUGGAAACGCUAUGUACGGGAAUGUGUGGAGGCCGGCAGUGCCACUCCACAUGGUCUCAGUGUGGAGGAGAUAAAACAAGCAGUGUGCGACUAUCAGAUUUGGAAUGAACCAUUAGAGGAGGAUAAAGAAGAGGAAGAGUAUAAUGACUUCUGGACAUCUGACCCUGACAUUAAUGCAGAAGAUUCAAUUCUGCAGGAACUCCUUGACAACAAAAGGAUGACCUGUGUGACUGUCUCUGAGGAGGGGAUGCUGGGAAUUACGGCAGAACAAGCUUCUGGGCCAAAGAGUGAAUUAUACACUGACUUCUCAAUUAACAUACUUGAAGAGUACCUCCUGAAGCAGCCACACGUUUAUAAGAGAUGUCACCUAAUUAAAGAAAAUUUUGACCGUGGAUAUGCUGUGACGCUAGAUGAUAGCCCCCCUCGUCGCAUACAGAUCAAUGGUCGAAUAAACUCUGGCCUUGCAUUCAGUGGAGACGAGGUGCUUGUCAAACUGAUUGCAGAUAGUAAACCUGAUGCAGGGACAGUGGUUGGUGUGUUUAAAGCUGGUGAAGAGAAUCGUAGAUUUGUUUGUUACAUGGAUCCUCAUGACCAUAAUAUCAUGAUCCCGAUUGACCACUCCAUCACCAAGGUCUUCUGCCCCAUGCACAAAAAUAAGCCAGGUAUGGUGCCAAUCCGUAACUUCCGUAAUGGCAACAUACAAACUCUGAAGUUUGAGAAGCUGACACUUAAGAUGAAGCAAGACCACGUCUUCCUAGUGAAAGUAAUUUGCUGGCGCCAAAAUUUUUACUAUCCUCUAGGCAUCAUAACUCGUAUUAUACCCAAGGUUAGCACUUUGGAAGAAGGCCUUAAUAUCUUGGACCUAGAAUAUAAAGUAGCAGAUGCUAUGAAAUAUCCAGUGAAGGCAGUUGAAGAAGUAAAAAAACUGAUGCAGAAUAUCCAUCAGGAAGAAGGGCGACAAGAUUUUAGAGACAUCAUAACUUUUACUGUGGAUCCUUCUGGUGCUAAAGAUUUAGAUGAUGCCAUAUCUGUAAGAGAGUUUGAAAAUCACUAUGAAAUUGGGGUGCACAUCACUGAUCUUGUUUCUCUGGUGCCCUUAGGAAGUGAGUUAGAUAAUGAGGCUAGGAAACGAGCAGUCACAUUCUACCCCCCAAAAAGAGAGGCUGCACAUAUGUUACCUGGUCAGCUAAGUACUGACAUGUGCAGUCUGAAGCCACAAUGUGACAGACCUGUCAUUUCUCUCUUAGUUAUGGUAGAAAAGGAAACUGACAUGAUAGUGAAGGGUCAUUUCUGCCGGGCUAUUAUACGAUCUGAUUGCCAACUGACCUAUGAGCAAGCUUACUCUAUCCUUUGUGCUAAACGUGGGCAUCCAAUGGCAUUUAGUAAUGUAGAAGAAUGCGUGGCUGUUGUUGCCCACUUUUCACGUGCCCAUCGUUUUUGCCGUCUGCAGGAGGCUUCCACAUACGAUCAGCUAAAUGAAGACUGCCUACCAGGAACCAGAGGUGCUCAUCAGAUGAUUGCCGAAGUAAUGAUUAUGUAUAAUAGCUGGGUGGCUGAAUUUCUUACAUCCAAGGAACAAUUGGUACACCUUGUACCUGUGCGAUGUCAAGCACAGCCUAGUCUUGAUAUUAUAGAACAGUUAAGAAAUAAAUUCAGCCAUGUUCUACCUUUGUCUAACUACCUCUCACAUCACUUACUUGAUAUUUCUGAAGUACCAAGCCCUUCCUCUCGACCAAGUGUUACAAUGUUGACAUCAGUUUGGGAGCAACUGCAAAUAGGUGCAGAAAGGCAGGAUUAUGACUGUAUUAUCGAUAUUCUUUCUACUGAUGAUUUACAUCCAGAACUGUGCCAAGCCACUCGUGAAUUUAGACGGCAAUUAGGACGUGCCAGUUUCAGACGCUCUAGCACACCAGACGCCACCAGCCACUACUCCCUAGAGCUGUGUCCCUACACAUGGGCAUCCUCCCCCAUUCGACGAUAUUUGGACAUUGUUGUGCAGAGACUUCUUUUUGCAACUUUUAAGGACAUACCUCCACAAGUAUCUGCAAGGGAUAUAGACUUACUUUGUCUUUACUUUGAUAGGAAAGUGCAACAGGAAAAAAACUAUGAGAAAAAAGCCUAUUCACUGCAACUGGCAAUGGAGUUGCAGAGUGAGGUACAACAUAAGUUGGCUGUAGUAUUUUCAAUUAUACCUAACAGCAGAAACUUUCAAGUAGUUUUUCCAAUGAAUAGUGAUUCACUGCCUGAUACUGUGUCACUUGAGUACAGUGCCUUACAGCCAGAAGGACAACCAGAGUUUAUUUCUGGGGGCACUUACCUAUCUUGGAGACGCAGGGUGUAUUCAUUUAAUAAUUUCCGCGAUAAACCACUCAGUCAAAAUGUACGUAAGGACAUAACCAUAUUCAGUGCUACAGCCUGGCAAGAAGCAGUAAGGGCAGCAAACCAAGGUGAGGCAAUGCAGGUGCUGAAGACCCUGAAAGAUGGUGUAGUGGCUCCAGAGCCCAGUUAUGUGCAGCAAAGUAUGUGUGGUCAUUUCAUAGAAUUCAGCCUUACAUUGCAUCCAGGAGACUCAAUUCCUGUUCAACUUUGUACAGCCCUCUAUCGUGGCUUUCCAGCACCUGUUCCCCAGCUCUGCACUCCAGUACCUGGGAUCCAACUGUGUCUGGAACAUACUGAAAGACCUGUAAACUGUUUCUCCAGUCUGGCUCACAGAGCACCUCUUCAGACAUACAAAAAUCUUCAAGAUUAUCAGAAGGUGUGGUUUCCUCUAUGUGCCAUUGAGGCAGUGGUGGCAGCUGUAAACGAGGGGGGAACAGUUAUUUUGAGAGAUGUGCCUGUGGAAUGGGGCAAAAGGGAUCAGGUUAAAGAAACUGUUGGACAAGGAGGCUAUUUUAAUCUCUCACCCCUACACAUGAAAGAGUGUGACCUUGAAAUGGAUUUCCGACACUGCUACAUAUGUCUGAGGCUUGAGGGACUCAAAGAGCAUAUUUCAGAGACGCAACCCCGCUCAAACACUUAUACAUGGGUGGCACAUGGGCUGACCAAGAUCAAAAAUCAUGUGACAGCAGAAGAAGGCGGAGAAGUCAGCUUCAGUCUUCACCAAGGCACCAUGAAACACAUACCAGAAGAAGUGUUUAAUACAAGUGCACGUUUCACAGUGGAAAUCAUACCCAAGUUACUGCCAGACAUACGCAGGGAAAUUGCACUGCACGAGUUGUUAAAAGCAUCGGAACUUUGCAAGAAUAUCAUUGUGGGAAAACGAAUACCUGAUGAAGUUCCAAAUAGAAGUUUGAGAUCUCAGAAUUGUUUUGAUAUCCCCGGCUUUGGAAAACUGAACCCAAGUCAGACGAAAGCUGUGAAAACAGCCCUGGCGCAACCUUUCACCUUAAUACAAGGCCCCCCUGGUACUGGUAAGACUGUGGUUGGCGUCCAUGUGGUUUAUUGGUUCCACAAAAUGAACGCAAACCUCCAAGAGGAAGAGGAAAAGGAAGAGACAGAGGAAACAGAAGAGAAGUCUUCAGGCAGACGUGUUAUCAUGUACUGUGGUCCUUCAAACAAAUCUGUGGAUGUAGUGGCUGAAAAGUUGCUUCCCCUUCGUACACAGCUACGUCCACUUCGUAUAUACAGUGAACAAAUGGAACUAUCAGAAUUUCCCUAUCCUGGGAGCAGCCGCAGAAUAUCCGGAUACCUAAGGGAAGGGAAACCCAACUCAGACCUAAGACCAAUUACUUUGCAUCAUCUGAUCCGUGCACCAUCUAACCCUUACCACAGAAAAAUCUUAGAGAUGGACAAUCGAAUACGGAAUAAUGAGGAGCUAACCCUUGAUGAAGUGCUUGAGUACAAGAAACUAAUCUUUGACGCACGAGCUGUGGAGCUUGGUCGCCAUGACAUCAUUUUAUGCACUUGUAUUACUGCCUCCAAUGCAGCACUCGUCCGCCUACAUGUGUCACAGCUUGUAAUUGAUGAGUGUGGAAUGUGUACAGAGCCGGAGACCCUCGUUCCACUCACCAGUCACAAGCAAGUCAAAUCGGUAGUCUUGAUUGGAGACCAUCGACAGCUGCGACCUGUAGUCCUGCACGAGCAGUGCCGUAUACUCAAAAUGGACCGGUCAUUAUUUGAAAGAUACCAGGAGAGGGCGCUAAUGCUGAACAUACAAUACCGCAUGGCUCGUCUUGUGAAACGUUUGAUCCAAGCUGGUGUGGCUGCUGCUGACAUUGCUGUCCUAACUCCAUACAAUGCCCAAGUGUCAGAGAUCACCAAGAUGCUACAAGAGCAGGGGAUCGGUGGUGCGACAGUUUGCACCAUAAUGAAGAGCCAAGGCAGUGAAUGGAGAUAUGUAAUUUUAUCCACUGUACGAUCAAUAUCCAUGCAGGAGCUGGACAGCAGACCCACACACAGCUGGCUGAAAUUGCACCUUGGUUUCCUGGCAGAUCCCAACCAAACAAAUGUUGCGCUGACCCGUGCUAAAGAGGGGCUUUGUGUGCUGGGAAACUCUAAUCUCCUUAAAUGCUGUGCGCUCUGGAGAAGGCUUCUAGAUCACUAUAGCAAGAGACAUGCCAUAGUCCACUCAACCCGCAUUGAAGUAGCCACAUAUAGAAGGACACGCGAUCAGCCAUAGAAUCUACUACAUUCCACAACUUCCCUACCUCUGCCUUAACUGUUCAAAUAUCAGCUCCUCAGGGAAGUGUCUUGUAUUAGCUGCAGAACCUAUGAAAAACUAAGUAUUAGGUGCUCCAGUCAUACAUCUGUAAGGUGUAAAUACUUUUUGUAACAUCUUGUAAUAUGGAUCAAGUGGCCUCUUAAAAAUUGACAUUUUUAUCAAUUAACUUUUUUCUAGAUGAUUUUAAAUGACCAUUAAAAAAUAAAUUCUAAUGCAAUAAGAAAA